GUUUGCGGUUCCGGCGGAUGGAGGUGGGGGAAUCGGGAAAUCUGAGAGAUGAUGGAAGGCGUGCUGGCGGUAGAACAGCUUCAGAUGAAAUGGAGUUGUUGUCUGGCGGUCAAUCUUGGGAGGCGCAUCAGACUUGUCUUCCGCCAUAGUUGCGGCGGAGAGCGCGCAUGCGUUGCUAGGACCGCAGCGGCUGCGACAAGCGGAGCGAGGCUGGACGGGAGGAGCGAGCGGUGGCCAAUGUAGCUAUGAGAAGCACAAUAGAAAUUUCGUCAACUCGAUAUAACGGGGUACAAAUUCACCAUCUAUUACGCGCGAUAGGGUGCUAUGUAGACGUAGUGAUGGGUGGAGUGGUGAGUGGAGGAGUUGAAAAGCUUGGAGCGAUGUUUCCGGCAGUUUGGGCAUAGCAACAACGCAACGCCAAGCCACGGAAUUUGGGCUGAGCUUGAGCCUCCACCAACAAGCGAACAACACUCGAGAACAUUCCGCUUACUUCUUUGAAGCUACAAUAAUUCUAUCUGAUACAGCUGUUUUAUCUCAUCUCUUCGUUAUCCAACCUUUGCCUGCACUCCCACACACCCGCAUGCCCACCAUGGAUUUCGCGUCGCUAAUGGCUAAGGAAAUUUCCAAGGCUAAGUCACCGGAAUCGUCCUCAACCACCUCCGGCUCCAGUAAGCAAUACGUGAAACGAGCCGACGCCGAAGCGGCUAGGCUGGCAGCAUACAACGCGGAACAAGAAAAACUGCAGAAGGAACGCGAGCAACGGGCUGAGCGGAAACGUAAGUUGGAGGAGGAAGAGGCGGAAAGGAAUCGGGAGAGGGAGGAGAAGAGAAGACGGUUGGCAGAGGAAUCUAGGCGGAAAAGAGAAGCUGAGGCAGCGGCCAAAGAGCGAGAGCGGCGGAGGAGACUCGGCCUUCCAGAGAUUCCUGAGGGUAGUCCAGGUGAUUCGAAGGAAGGCACUCCGCUGGGCGACGAUGAAGCAGACCUUGGUGAGGAUGAGGUGAUUGACAAGCUGAGGGCUGCCGGCGAACCAGCAAAGCUCUUUGGAGAGAGCCAUAAAGGCCGUGUAAGGCGAUAUCGACGACUUGUGCAGCGAUCCCUCACCCCACAGCAGCACAUUUCCGACGGCCCGAUUCCGACAACCCUGGUUCUCGUUCCCGAGGCUGAAAUGAAAGUCCCGUCCAAGUUACCCACUGAUGAGGAGGGACGUAAAUUCCUCUUCCGACAACUAGCAUCCUACUUUACGAUGAUCUUAAAAGAAUGGGAAAUCGCCUUGUCAAAGCGAGAUGCCGCUGUAAAACACAGCUACCAAGGAAAGCAGGCUUACAAUGCCAUGGUGCAGUCCCGGGAGAAUAUGCGACCGUUGUUUAAAAUGUUUGAAAAUGGAGAUUUGGAGACGAGCAUACUUGAGCCAGUAGUGGAAAUUGUACGCAGCGCACAGAACAGGCGCUAUGUUGACGCGAAUGAUGGUUAUCUUCGACUUAGUAUUGGGAAAGCAGCCUGGCCUAUCGGAGUUACUAUGGUUGGUAUCCAUGAGAGAUCUGCGCGAGAGAAACUUCAUCAAAGCGAUAAGAGCCAAGCUCAUAUCAUGAGCGACGAAAUCACACGCAAAUUCCUACAAAGUAUCAAGAGAUGCCUGACUUUUGCCCAGGUCCGCUGGCCGCCAGAUGACCAGCUUCAGCUCAUGGGUUAAUUUUUUUGUUCUUUCAUUGUCGACAGAUGGAUAGCUACUGCCUUUCAUAAGUUUGGCCUCCAAAUUGUCCAGAUGCUCCCACCAAGAUUUCAGUGGAUUCGCAACGGAGUGGGGACGAAUGUGCUUCUCUCGUAGUAUCUCAGCCUGCCUUUCAGAUUUAAGUUCGAUCCUUCUGACGUUGUUGUGCUCCUCCGCACCGUUUAUGAAUGCACUCUCGGCAGUCCGGUCUUUUCUUGUUGCGGUUUUCGAGUAGAAAUUUCCUGGAGCAUGUCCAUUUCGCUCAUUGAAGUCCGACUGCAUGAGCUUUCCAGCGGCGUAAAUGCAACCCCCAUAAGCAAAUCUGAUCAACGAGUCCCCAGUCAAACUGCCAAUUAUGAAGACAUCCUUCGUGACUUCUAAGCCUUCUAGUGCCCGAGCGCGCAUUGUUUGCCUCGAAACCCAUCUGAAAUCGUCUGCAGGCGUUUCAUUGUCGAAUAUUUCAGCUAGCAGGGGUUUGCUUAGAUAGUUCAGCGAGCUCCUUCGGCCAACCAUAUGCGCUAGUCCACUUACUUCGCGGGAGAGGGUGGUCCCAUCCUCUCGUCGAAAUGUGACUAGUGCUGUCUCAUUAUCCAACACAAUAUCCGUGACAACGGUGUUGGGAAUACCCUCAUAGUUAUCGGUCCAAUUUCUACUUUCCAGAAAAGGAAUCGAAUGUCCACGAGGCCGUUUUGGGCGACUUGUCCCGUUACUCUGCUUUGAUUGAGCGAAGGCCCGUUUCAUGAGGCGAUAAAUAGAGGCAUACUCGGGGUAUUCUUGCUGGUGACAACUUUUCAAUGGUGACGGAUUGGUUUCUGGUUUCCAUUUGAAAACAUGGAUUAUUGUUUGAUCUGGAUGAGAGGAAAUAAUGACGUCCGCUGCUGAAAACCCAGAUCCGAUGAUUAAGAGUGGGGCACGUCGUGGUUGCAUCGCCGUCGUUGGAGGCGGUAAUUUUAACAAGGGCAACAACAAUGGUCGCGGGGGAAUACGCUCCGUGAAAACCCCCGAUGCCAGGAUCAACUUGUUGCAAGUGAUAUUAUGUGACCUGAUAUAGAAACCAUUCUCAGUGCGAACUACUCCACUGAUUUGCUGGCUGCAUCGAAUUGAUUCGGAUAUCCCUACGAAUGUAGCAUAAGCGGCAAGAUACUCCGCUACCGCCUCCCUCGAUGGCCUUGUGAACGGCGGUAAAGGACAGGCGUGGACGCGUUGAUGGUGCUCAGCAAAGCUAUAUCCAGGCAAUGAGAGCAUACCAGCGUAACUUAACGUUUGGAUGUUUGGGGCUGUCCCCUCUGGACACUCUGUCCAUUGUCCUCCAGGAUGAACUGCAGACCCAAAAAUAAUAUGGGAGGCAGCCCUUUCUGGCAUGUACCGCCAUUGGACACUUGUUUCUGUCCCCUCAUCAUCGUCUCCAUUCGGCCGAAUCAGAGCGUCAAGAAGAACGUUAACAGGAAGAGCUUGGGUGGAAUAUGGGAACCUAGAUGCGCCGAAAUGGGUUGUCAAAUGACCAAUGUCUAGGUGGAGGAGCUGCGGGUUGUCCUUUAGCUUUGCAUGGAGUAAGGGAUCCGGAUGGGGUUUCUCCGGGUUGUAGAAUGGAAUAUGGCCGUGGAGGAUAUAGGAAAGUAUCAUGGCAGAUGGUCCAUUUCCUGCAUGGAGUCAUGGAAGCAAUUUACAUUGAUUAGCAGAGGUUUCAACACGGGUUGGGUUUGGGGUAUGCGUUCUUCUUUUUGUCUGUGCGAGGAGAGGGAGGGCCAGGGAAUGUCCAAAGUUCUCACCAACAAUGACGACAUCAACCGACGUAGGAACAUUUGAUUUUUCUGCCAUGGGCGGAGACUGGAUCAUCAGGCAUUCUGUAGAGGAACAGUGAUUGGCGAUACUUUCCAGCGUCUGCCGUGGGACGAGAGCUCACGCCUCCCCACCCUUCGUGCCAGGUGCAGGAAGCUGCAUGUAAAAAUGGCAACUUAUUCCAUGUAGCAGGUGAACGUCAGUUCAUCAUCCAAAUGCGGUCCCGAACACGAUUAAUCGAAAAUGCGAAUGGUUAGUUAGAUAGAUGAAGUUUUUUGAAAGGAGUCUGAGGGGGGGAAUGUUAGAGAUCUUGAAUGUCUGAUAGCUAUUUUUUUGCUUUUUUCUCUUUUUUAUUUUCUGGAAGGUUGUUGGUUGUGGUUUUCGUUAACUGCUGAGACGCGAGAGCUGCUGACAAAUGGGCGGCAAUUGGCUGCCGAGGUGUUGAAGGUUCUCCUGUUGGCCGUUACGGCCGUUGCGGUUAGCGAUCCUACUAGAUCACGUGACCCACCACUAUAUUAUGCUCUUGUAG